GUUUCAAGCUAGAGAUCACAAAAUUACGAUAUACUUUGGCACAUGGGCACCACCACGUUCGUCGCUUGUGCUCAGCAGCAAGCGUCCCAUCACUGACCUCAUCAGCAGCUACUCCCACCCGCCCUCGCCGUCCCAUCAAACACAGAGUCACAGACACGAUUCGAAAUUGGUACUCUUACAAGUUGCGGUAUCCCAGACGACGAAGACGACCCAUAACGGGCCAACCUCUGUCCUCCGCGUUCUCGCCAUGUCCAAGCGAAUGCGAAAAGACUUACUUAUCGAGCACUCCAAAACGUAA